GAACCGUGCGCGGCUUCGAGGACGAGUUGCGCGCCGCAGGGGCGGUCGUGGACAUCGAGCGCCGGAUUCCCGAGCUGUAUCAGAUCAGGCCCGACGGGUCAAUAUGCCAGGCGAAACGCUACGGCGACGCUGUCCACAGCGUGGCGGUCGAGGCUGGCGGGCGCGUCAGCGAGGAUGCGGCGACGGUCAUCGUCGAGUUCGCUGCCGCGUCGCGGCUGCACGGCCGCCCCUUGCAGAGCGGCCGCCGGGACACGACGGCGUGCGCGUUCGGGGAGCGCAUCAGCACGAUAGUCAUGCUGGGAUGCGCCCGCGCGACGCUGGCG